AUAAAGAAAUACGGGCCUGCUACACAUACAAGUUUACAAGCUUACAAGUUGGCCCAGCCCAAAUAGAACUCACGCGCAUAAAGAGAAAUAACAUGGCGCGUCAAAAUCACGCGCUCAACACUCAAACGGUUACGUAUGGCAGAUUCUUCCACUUCUUCCACUUCUCAAAGCGCUUCGAAAACAAGGAAACCCUCCCAUUUUCGAACGAAAAUCAAAGUUCAAAAUAUACAAAUCGUUGUUCAAAACCUCCAUCAAAACACCAUCAAACUCUCCGUGAAGAAUCUGAAGAGAAAACAAAGCAACAAUACUCAACAGAAAAUGGCAGCAAGAAACCAAACAAAAGACCUUAAGUGUGCCACACAUCUCCUGAGUGAUAAGUUCAGAAACAUGACUGAGGAGAAGAAGGCAAUUGUGAGGGAUUUCGGAUUCGGUGGGUUGAUGCACAUCCCACCACUAAGGGUGGAUCACCAACUCUUAAGGGAGUUGGCAAACAACUUCAAACUUGGGGAGAACAGACUGAAGACAGGAUAUGGUUCUUUCCAAAUAACACCAAAAAAAAUAGGUCAUGCGCUUGGCAUCAAUGCAACAGGAGAUCUAUUUCCUGAGAAAGUUGAGUAUAAGAAACUUUCUGAUGAUGACAAAAUAAUUUAUAGAAGAUUCCAGGGUAAGACCCUCAAAAGUCUUACCGAUGAAAUGAUGGAAAUCGGCGUUGGCAACGAAGAGGAACGCCUGAUGUUCAAGAGGAUAUUCAUCCUCUACAUACAGAUGGCGUUCCUUUUGCCAACGACGAUAAACAAAAUAUCGCCCGUGCACCUGGCCCCAAUUUUUAAGAUGGAGGGCAUAUCGGAGAGAAACUGGGGGGCAUGUUUUGACCUUCAUGGUCAAGGGCAUCACAGACUACCAGGAGAAGAAGAAGAAGGUAAUUAAUGGCUGCCUCUUCGCCCUGAUGAUAAUCUACUUUCAUCUUUCAAAAAACAAAUGCAAGAAGAGGGCUGAAAGACCACCAAAGCCCUGGAUUGCCAACUGGACUAAGGAGCAGUUGGUGGAAAGAAUGACUGCAGAAAGAGAGGAAAUUUUGG